CCUGGAAUCUGAUUUGAGUACUUUAAAGAUCAUUUCUGUAUACAUUGAUAUUUUAUUGGUUAAAGAAAUAUAUAUGGUGAUGAUACUAUGACAGAAGAACAGCAGUCUACACCUCAAUGUCCCUCAUUGCAGAUGAGCUCUGGAUUGAAGGAGCGAUUAAAGCGAUGUGGACGAUACCACUCCUCUCCCUUGGCUGGACAGAACCCCCACAGCCGAACACACUUCAAUCCACCAUCACUGGUGUCAUCUAAUAAAUCAGGAAUCCGAGAAAUUCAAGAAAAAGAAAGCUGUGAAUUACAAAAAGACAUGCUUGUCAGUCCUCAUGUUGAUCAAAGUUAUCCUGUGAAUUCAUGUAGGAUGUCAGAGGUGCAUUUUACAAAGAGUGCUAGUUUUACUGACAAUGAGAACAUGAGAAUUCUUGGUGGCCAUGAUUCUGAAAGUGGGGAUAAUAGUGCUGUGUUAAACAUCAUUAAACCACAGAAAUUAGACUUCUCAAAGGAUCAGAACUGUGACGGUAACAUCUCCGACGAUACAAGUAAUGAAAGGGACUCAAAAAAUAAAAUUAUAGAGAAAAGUAAACUUCAGUCAAUGAUAAAAGAAAGAGAAGAUGUCCUACGAAAACUCAAGCUUGUUCAAUUUUACCAACACAAGCAUGACCUUGAGAAGAUGGAAGAGUUGAUCAGGAAAUGGCGCUGCGUGUGUCAAGAGGGGUUGGUUGACCUCCUGAAUUUGAUGCCAGAACCUCGACCUGAGCUCACAGAACUGAUUGAUCAUCUUGGUAUUGAUCACAAGAUGAUUGGAUAUGAUAAGGAGGAGCAAUCAUUUGAGUGUACAGAUUUAAAUGGUUAAUUGAAUCAUUUGAGUCACAGACUGGUUACUAAGACACUUUAACAGUUUUUAACAUAUGUCUCACAAAUUAUACUUUCACAUUGUUUGCAAAUCACUUCACUAUGAUACAUGUGCUGAUGAUAAAAUUUCAACCCCGAAUAUUUUUUUAGGAUAACAAAAUAUAUAUGUAAUGUCUGAAAAUUGUAAGACAUGUGUACACUUGUACUCAAAAGCCAAGUUGAUGUUUCAUGGAUAUAUUUGUUAAUUACUUUUUGUUAAAUAACUUAAAUUUAUUUUUGUUACUCUGUUAUGAUCUGUUUUUAUAUAUAAAGUAUGAAUUAGGGA